GGUCGAGUUAGGGUGUGGAUGGGUUGAGUCGAGGGUUUCUGUUAAGGGUUCAAAAGUUUGUUCACUUGUUCAGGGUUCGAAAGUUUGUUAAGGCGAAGGUUUCUGAGUAAGGGUUGAUGGUUUCCUGCCAUUCUUCACCAUUCUCAGGGUCGAAGGUUUCUCCACCAUUCUCUACCAUUUUAUGACUUUCUCAAGCUCUCAGUGAAAUUUCUGUAGAGUUCGACGGUUUCUCCGCCAUUAUCCUCCGUUCUCAAACUCUUAUAGUUCACCUCCUCUGUUCUUGUGAAGGUUAGACAUCGCUCCGCCUCUCCGUCGCCUCAAACGUUUGGUGUUUGAUCUAUUCAUUCUCUCUUUUGAAUCAACCAUUAUCUGUUCCAGAUCUCCAUUCUGAGCUUAUGGUGAAAAGAGCUUCUCUGAGUCUCUGUCUCCUCCAUUCCUUUUCAUGAUGAUCUCACAAGAUAUAUUCAUUGAUGCUGGGUAAUUGGUAAGGGGACAAAAUCAAUUUCGAAAUGGCACAACAAUCAUCAAGGCAGAGUGAGAGGGAUGGACUCUAAUAUGAAAGGAGACCCCCACAAGAAAAUGAGCUUUCUAAACCCAAGAUUUGGUUUAAUGAAAGAAAAGCUAGCCUCAAAAACAUUUAAAUUUGGAAAGAAAUCUGUAUCAAAUUUAACAUAAAAAAUGAUAAUUACACAUAGGGAAAAGGGCAUUUACCCUUUCUCUGUAAUGUAAAUCAGCCAAGGUGCUUAAAUGAAAACCCAUGAAAACACAAAGGGGGAUGAGGUUUUGUUGAGGCAACCUUAUCUGGUUCAUAUAGUCCUAAACACAAAUGGAAAUACAUGAGUUCAACAUAGGUAUGAAAUAAUGUAGUUGAUGGGAACAAAGUAUGUCAAUGAUUAGAAAUUUCUCAAUUCAAAAAGAAAUAAAAGGAGUUAACACCAGUUUGAUCCCAAAUCCAAAUUACUGAGAGUGCAUGAAUCAUGGACUUUGAUGGCUGCUCCAAAUGGGGGGAGGGGGCUUUGAGGUGAGAUUGGAGAGGUCAUUAAGGUGUUAUGUUUCAGGCCUAAUAGGUGAUAGAAACUGUGUUAGAGCAGAAAUCAUGGAGGUGAUUCCAUAAGGUAGAUGCUUACCAAGAAGAAGACCCAUGCAUCGUACACACUUCAUAAGAGUUUUGGCAACUAGGUUGAAUUACAUAUUCAGGUGGGUAUCAAAAUUGAUUGACAAUUGUCAGAUAGUCUAACUAGAGGGGUGUGAAUAGAAAACACUUCAUUGGAACAACUGUAUAAAGUUCUGCUGGCCAAUAUGGAACAAAGUUAUGACCAUUUUUAAUCUGCAAAAUCAAAAACACAGUCUGAUUUAUCAAGGUAGAUGUUGAAAAUUAUAAAGCAGAUGAGGUUUCUUCAACAAACCCUCAUCCCACAACUAUUUGGUUUGGUUUAAACCACACAAUGAAGCAAGAAUGCAUCAGACUAAUAGUAGCAACACCACCACCACUGCCUUUGCAUGAUAAAAUAGCUAACCCAGAUAAAAAAGAGAAGAAAUUUAGAUGACAAAAGCUCUUUGUCUAGCUAUGUGUGUACUAAUGGUUGACGGCUAGGCUCAAAAAUAUUUUUAAAUAUGUCUCCAACAUAUCUGCUUACAAAUCAGAGUCAUCACCAUGGUUUCUUGAAUGCUGAUUAGAAAGGAACUUGGAAGGCACACUUCUUUUUGGUGGCCCUGACCAGAAAAAAAUGCAUCAACCAAAUAAAGAAGAAGCUACUGCACUAAGCAAGAAUUAGCAUCAAAGGCUUUAGAGGGACUUCUUUAUUAACCAAAAUAGACUGAACCUUCAUUCAAGAAACUUGAUAAACACCAGUUUGCAGUCUUGGGUUACAUAUAAGUUUGAAUUAUCCAGAUAUUAGUAGACUUUUAUCCUAUCAUCCUCCAAUGGCUGCUGAGCGAAGCAAACGUUUUCGAGUGUCUGUAGCUCCACCUCCUCGAACCCUUGAUGUGCAGAAGUUUGCAGAGUCCCGAGCUUCUGAAAUUGAAGUUUUGCACUCAAUUAUCUCAAAUCGGUUAAACAAUGAUUUCAGGUCUCAACGUAACAAGAGGAGGAGAACAACUGGUCAUGAUAAUCGGGUUGGGAAGAGAAGAUCAAAAAAGAGAAGGAAAUUGGGACAAAUUGAUAAAGGUGGAGCUUCUGUUCCUGAGAAAGAUCCAAAGAAGAUCCCUCGUCGAAUUCGUCGGAGAAUUGAACUUAGGAAGAAUCCUGAGAGUAGCUUUUGUUCUUCUAGAGAUGGGACAAAAAGGCUUAGAUCACACCUUUGGCAUGCAAAGCGGUUUUCCAUGACAAAAAUUUGGGGGUUUCAUCUUCCUUUGGGAUUGCAAGGCAGGGGAAGAGGAUCAAGGGCUGUCUUGAAGUGGUUAAACAAUGGGGCUCUUGUGCAUGACGCAAGCUACUAUUGUGCCGUCCAGUUGGAGGGUCCAGAGGACUCUUUAUUGUCAAUUUUAAGAAUGGUUCUAGUACCAGCACCAUCAGUUCUAAUAGAAGAAGAUAUGUACCUUUCUUUGCUUUCUGGAGUUAGUUAUGGAAAAGCUAUGCUUCAUCAUGCUGGAGCACAUCCUUGUCAACCAAUUGCUCCAGUAACUUAUAUGUGGCGGCCCUGGAGUGGGAAAAAAAUUAGUGUUGAAAAUAAGGAGCCUACAGGCAAUGGACUUGAUCAAUCUCAGAUCACUAUAUCGGAGUCUCCAUUCCGCCAGCUAUGGGUAUGGAUACAUGCUGCAGCUCUUGAUGAAGGAUAUGAUGCUCUGAAAUUAGCAUGCCAAAAAGAGAUACACGGGAGUGGUAACUUUGUCAAUUGUGUUACACGUGAAGGUGAACUAGCAAGACUAGAGGUAUUGGGAUUGAAAGGAAUUCAGAUUCUUCAGAAGAUAUUAAGUCCUACAUCAGGCGUGCCAGAAAAUUCUUUUCAGUUGGAUAAAUUUUCAACUCUGGAGGCAACAGACAACUCUUUGCUUCAAAAGUCUUUCAUCCUUGAGCAUGAUGAAUAUCUUCCUUCUCGUGCAAUUCUAUCGUUGACAGUUCUUGAUCCUCGUAAUUUGCCUGAAAAAAGGACCGAGCAUGUUCAAGUGCCUUCUGCUGGUUUGCAAUGUGAUCUUGUAGAAGAUGAAUCUAAACAAACUGCAGCUCCUAUGACCAGCAGGCUCUAUGACGAUAAAUUUUUGUAUCCGGGAUGGUUGAAAAUAAAAGAAAAAAGUGUUUUCUUUUCUGACAGCAAUGGUUUAUGGGAUACUUGCAAAGGUAUUAAUCCUCCAUUGGAGGAGAGUAUUCUUUGCAUGGAAAAACAUCAGCAGCAUUUAGCGUUUCUUUACCUUGAUAAAUCACAAUCAGAGAUAUUGACUAAUAAAGUCAAGGAACAAUCUUCCAGAUCUUGCCCCAUUUUACUUUUAAAAGAUAACGACCAAAGAGGUUCUUUUGCAGGGUGGUCCAUCAUCCUCCCAUUAAGUUGGGUGAAGGCCUUUUGGGUUCCUCUUGUGUCCCAUGGGGCUCAUGCAAUUGGCCUGAGGGAGAAACACUGGAUCUCUUGUGCUGUUGGGUUUCCAUCUUUUCCUUUUGAUUUUCCUGAUUGCAACGCAUAUUCAUGUUUCAUGGCCACUGAGGCAGCGUCCUUUGAUAAAAAGGUGGAACUUCGUCCUUUUCCUGUGAGACCUUUGAAAGUUCCGAUACCACCUCCAUGGAACUGUAUCAGGUUCACUUUGGAGGAAAGAUCCACCACAGUGGGAGAUACUAUCAAAGGGAGAGCUUGUAAGGGAGAACUAUACCUGUACAGUUCAUUAGAAAAUUCAGGAUACAAAAAUUGUAGAUCAACACUACUUGAGUCAGGUAUCUCUCCUUUUCAAGGAUUUGUAGCCAGGACAUCCAAUAUAUUGACUAACUACUUGAGCGAAAUCCAUGGUGAUGAUUUGCUUUUAUUUCCGGGUGCUCCAAAGAACAAAAGAACGUUCUCUAGAUUGAUGAAGAAUGAAGUCAACCACCUGCCGAAUCCAAAAGUUGCCAUUGAAAUACCUCUUGCUCAGAAACUAUGCUUUCUCAGAGUCCUUCUCUAUGCCUAUAAAGAAGGUGUCUUUGAGGAGGGUGCUGUUGUUUGUGCACCUAAUCCUAGUGAUCUAUCUAUGUGGACAGACAGAUCAGACAGGGAUGGAGGACUACAAAUUCCUCAAUCUUUAAUAGGAUCAUACUUCAAGCAGCAAGCAUCUAGCAAUUGGGAGCUUGAGAUUCCAGAAGACCCUGUAGCUAGAGAAUCUCACAGGUGGCCUAUUGGUUUUGUCACAACGGGAUUUGUUCGUGGAAGUAAAAAACCGGUAGCACAAGCUUUCUGCGAGGCUACACUGCUUGCUCGUCUGAGAGAGGAGCAGUGGAAUGAGAUUCCAAAGAAGAGAAAGAGAUUGGAGAUCUAUGUGCUGGUUAGGAAUUUGAGAUCUUCAGCCUAUAGGCUUGCUCUUGCAACCAUCAUUCUAGAACAACAGGAUGAGGAUGUGGACUUGAUUUAAUCUGCAUUUCAUCUUUGUCAUUAUAACAUUUUAACGUGGGCACAGCUUGGAAACUUGUCUUUCCGUGUGCAUAUUGCGAGUUUAUUAUUUUAUAAUCACCUUCGAUAUGCUGAAGUCUGAAUGUUGCAUUAGAUAUUAGUAUUCCUUAGUCCUUGUGUUGUUUCUAUGUUUUGUUGGUUGCACUUUCUUGGUAACCGAUGAGUAAUGAAAUUUUGUAAAGUUGCCGCUAAUAUUUGUACUUACAAAUACUA